AUGGAAAACGGAGAUCAGUUCCAGGAAUCAAAAUCAAAAUACGAUUGUCUUUUAUUUGAUCUGGAUGAUACUCUUUAUCCUUUUAGUUCUGGAUUGUCAAAUCACGUGACCGAAAAUAUUCAAGAGUAUAUGCUAGAAAAGCUUGGGAUUCAAGAGGAUAAAGUUCCUGAAUUAUGUGUUUCUUUAUAUAAGAUUUAUGGGACAACGAUGGCAGGUCUCAAGGCUAUUGGUUAUGAUUUUGACUAUGAUGACUUUCAUAGCUUUGUUCAUGGAAGAUUGCCAUAUAAUUUGCUAAAACCUGAUCAUGUUCUAAGGGGAAUUUUGCUGAGUCUACCCUUUUGA